AUGUCCGACCUCAAAGAGGACUACAAGCACGACGCGGCACACGUCGAAGUCGCAUCUCAGUUUGAUGAUGCCGAGAUCGCUCGCGCCAAGGCCCAGCAUGUCGCUGAUACCGCGGCGGACGGCUAUGUCGACCCCACGCUCAUCAUCUCUCCGGAGGAGAACAAUGCUCUGCGCAAGAAGAUCAACCGCAGGGUGCUUCCUCUCCUUUGUCUCGCCUACAUCUGCCAGGCUCUGGACAAGGGUACUCUCGGCACAGCUAGUAUCAUGGGCUGGCAAGCCGAUGUCGGCGCUGUGGGCCAGGACUAUGCGCUCACCUCGACCUUCCUAUGGAUCGGUAUCAUUGUCGGCGAGCCUAUCGCCAACCAGCUUGUCCGUCGUCUCCCACUGGGCAAGCUCAUCGGUAUCGCCAUCAUCAUCUGGUCGGCUCUCCUCCUGGGCCUCGCGUUCUCGCUGAGCAUUAUUCCCGUGUUCGUGAUUCGCGCCUUGCUGGGUUUCUCAGAGUCUGUUGUUGGACCCGUUUUGCUCUCCAUCACUGUGCAGUGGUACCUCAAGGUCGAGCAGCCGUUUGUCAGCGCAUGCUGGCAGGCCAUGCUCGGCGCGCAGAGCGCCAUUGGUGGUCUCCUCGGGUUCGGAUUCUACCACGUCCAGAAGACGCACGGUCUGUUCGGAUGGCAGUGGAUGACAAUCGCCAUUGCGCUGUUCUCGUUCGUGGCGGGGACUGUCAUCCUCCUCUUCCUCCCCGACUCGCCCACGCAGGCGCGAUGGGCCACCGAGGACGAGAAAGUCAAGUUUGUUGAGCGUGUCCGCUCCAACAACCAGGGUAUCAAGCAAAAGCACUUCCGCAGGGACCAACUUGUCGAGGCCUUCACCGACCCGUACACUCUUGUCCUGUUCGGUUUGGCAUUCACCCAAACUCUCGUCGUGGGCGGCAUCAACACGUUCAACAACUUGCUUAUGAACAAGGCCUUUGGGUUUACAGUCCUCCAGUCCCAGCUCCUCAACAUUCCCCUCGGCGCCAUGACCAUCCUGACCUACUUCCUCAUCACGGGGCUCAUCAAGCGCUUCAACCAAACGCUCCUCAUCAUGAUGGCGUUUACUAUUCCCAAUAUCAUUGGAUCUAUUGUGCUCCUCACUGUCACGCCGUCCGACAAGACCAAGGGAGGCCUUGUGGUGGCCUUUUACAUUAUGCAGGUGUUCCAAUCCUGUAACCCGGCAAUCUUCCUGAUGCUCUCUCGUAACGUUGCUGGACAGACCAAGAAGUCUAUUCUUUACGCAGUCACGUAUAUCGGAUGGGCCGGAGGCAAUUCGGCAGCGCCGCAGCUGUUCCAGGCUAAGUGGGCGCCGCGCUACUUGCGAUCACUCGAGAUCCACCUGGCCCUCUACGGUUGCUUCAUCAUCAUCUGUUGUCUCGGCCGCAUGCUCCUGGUGUCGAGGAACAAGAAGAAGGAGGCCGCCCAGCAGGGACACGAGCCGACCAACAUGCUGGCCUUUGACGACCUCACGGACAUUCAGAACCCCGACUUCCGCUACUGCCUGUAA